GUACAUACAUCGUGGUUCGAACCCCGAGAACCACAUUAAACGUCCCCCUCCCCCAGCUUCCCCUACUUCCUUCCUUCCAUUCCUCAUCCACUUUUCAUCAAUUAAGAUAGACUUUCGCUGGCCUCCUGACCGAGCUCCUCGGCUUCUCCACAUAGUAGUAUGACGGGCUCCGUCGAUGUCGGUGGCGAUGGCGCGCUCGGUUGGUAGGCAGAUUGGUCUCCCCAUAGUCGGGCUCGCUUUCCAUCUCAUGAUUCAUGGCACAGAGCUUCCAGAGCCAAAGGAGCAGCAGGGUGCCUGCCAUCGUACCGAGGACGAUACCCGCGAUGCCACCCCCGGAGAUGGAAUUGGGGCAAUUGGAGUCAUUCCGAUUCUGGAGAAGGUGGAUUGGUGCCAUGGGUGUGUGGUGGUUGGUGUCAAUGUACUGUACUGGCUGUACCGUGCACAAUUGAUAUCGAGGUCAAUUGCUUUAUGGUCCCCUCAACACAAGCACAACCUCCAGGAACGAAAGAAAAUUAACUAACAGGGAAAUUCAGGAGGGGAAGGCUUGGAACCAUAUAUCAUCAUCGUCAACAUCAUCAUCAUCAUCUUCUUCUUCUUCUUCUUCUUCUUCUUUUUCUCUUCAUCUUGUCCAUACGUUCCCGCAGCGGCUGGGCUGGUGUUCCCAUUGACGUCAACCGUACGUCUUUGGCUUUGGAUACCCUCUCACACAAACUUCCGUUAACCCCCUCCCCCCGCCUCUCACAAACCUCAGCUUGGCUUUCUGAUCUUGAUGAGCGGAUGGCUUAUCCUUCCGAUCGCCUGCCAAUAGGAUCAAUUGUAAGCAUUGCGCACUGCGAAGUG